AUGGAAUCUAGUAAUUUUAAGGACAUUUUAGUAUUAAUAGGUGAAGAAAACGGAGAAAAAGCGAAAAAAGAAUGUCGUCUAGACUUAUCAGCUAACCUCUACGUUAUUCGUAAAUAUCUCAAAACUCAUUACAAUAUUAAAAUGGGAACAAACGCUUUUUUUAUCAGUAAAAGAGGUGGAGAAUUAUCUCGGAAAGAUGAAGAAAAGAAACUUGGAGAAAUCAUUAUCAUUGAAAAUGAAAAUCACAUUGUUCUGAAAAUUAUUAUAAAAACAAAACUGAUUGACUGGGAACAAAUUAUUGAAAAUUGUAAAUUAGAAUAUGGAUUUGAGCUUCAUAAUAAAAAUGACGAACGUCCGACAAAGAAGAAACAAAUAUUUCAAUUCAAAAAGUAUCCGGAGGAUAAUGUACUUGAACAAAGUUGCAAUCUAAUCAGCAACUCGAUAGAAUGCCAUGAUGAAGCGGAUAUUUUACGAGUAAACAAUAAUAUUGCGAAGUUAAAUGUUGGUACUAAUAUUCCUUGGUUGUCUAUAUGCGCAAGUCUCGGUAUCAGCAUUGACUCUAAGAAAAAGUUGCACAAAAGUAAUCAAACUUCCACUGUUUAUUGGUAUGUUCAAGCCGUACGUGCAACAAUCGAUAUUCCAGAACUUGAUGCUCAACCAACCGAUGCUUUCAAGGAAGCAGUUCAAAAUGCAUUAUCGAAAAAUACGGAUCAACUAAAACGUAAAGCACUAAAAGAAGUCGCAAACGAAUUUGGCCCUUUUUGGAGUAAACGAGUUUUACUCGGUGGAAAAAAAGUUUUUAAAGAAAAUGAGCAGCAUUCCUUAAACGAAUUACAAAAUACAAAAGAAAAUUCUGGCAGUUCAAGUAUAAAUGGAGUCAACUCAGAAGUCUUUCGAAAUCGAACUCUAAACACAACUCAAAACACAGGUUCUAAAUAUUCAUACUUAAAAGUAUAUGGAGGUGAUUAUAAUGAAGAUGAAUCAGAAUGGAUAAAGUCUCUCAAAAAUUAUAAAAAAUGGUGUGCUAUCGAGUACAAAGAUAUCGCAUUGAUCUUCGAGAUACUGAAUGAAGAUACACGUAACGAAAUUUUUACCCUUUUUGGUCCAGCUAUUGUUAAAUCUGAUGUGGAAAAUAUCGAAUUUGAUUUCCAUAAACAUCGUGAAGAUCCGUGCGUGAUUGAUUUUCCACGCAAAGAAUUUCUCCAAAAAUCCCAUCGAAUCUUCGCAAACGUUAUCAAUAAAAGAAAUCCGGAAGAAAUUUUCGCAUUGAGAUUGCACUACAAUUAUGAUAGCAAUACACCACAAAUUGUGCUGCAUCGACUAGGAAAACGUUCAAAGGGAGACGAAACUAUUAGAUAUUCUUUACAACUUGCAUGGGUUGUAAUUGGACACACUUAUGACUUUCUUUUUAAUAGCGGUUAUCAGAUUAUCUGCGAUGAAGUCAUUAAUGGAGAAACAAAAGAACUUGAAGAGGAUCCCAAAAAUGGUCUAAUCAUGACUUGUUUAACACAAGUAAAACCAAAUUGCGACAACCAUGAUCCGACGAAAUCGGACUUUUUUGUUGGAUCGUAUUUCUUUUCUUCGAAUUCUAAAAUUAAAAGUUGUGGCUUCGGUUAUAAAGUUAACGAUACUGAUAAAAAAUUAGAUCUCAAACUCGUUGGCGUUGAUUUUAAAAUAAAUUAUUGUGUAUUAGUCGGUAACAACAAUUAUCAUGGUAUGAGGACUCUGGAAAAAGUGAAAGCGACGGAUGGAAUUGUCAGAUACAAUCUUUCUGAUGAAAUCCAAAAUUUGAUCACCUGUGAUAAAU